GCUGUGUGGAAGGUACCUUGGACAUCUGGCAACUCUCGCUCCAUGUAUUGCUGGAGUCUGCCUUGCAGGAUCUUGAGCAUUACCUUACUGGCAUGGGAAAUAAGUGCCACUGUACAGAAGUUUGAGCAUUCUUUAAUGUUUCCCUUUUUUGGUAUGGGGAUAUAAAUUGAUUUUUUCCAAUCUGAUGGCCAAUCUUGUGUUUUCCAUAUUUGCUGGUAUAUGGCAUGCAUCACCUUAACAGCAUCACCUUCCAAGAUUUUAAACAGCUCAGCCGGGAUCCCAUCGUGUCCUGCUGCCUUGUUGUUAGCAAUGCUUCUUAAGGCCCAUUCAACCUCACUCCUCAGGGUGUCUGGUUCUAAUUCACUCACCACACCACACCGUCAAAGCUAUCCUCUAUAUUAUUAUCCUUCCUAUACAGAUCUUCUGUAUAUUCUCGCCACCUAUUCUUGAUCUCUUCAGCUUCUGUUAGGUCCCUGCCAUCUUUGUUUUUGAUCAUGCCCAUUUUUGCCUGAAAUUUGCCUCCGAUGUUUCUGAUUUUCUGGAAGAGAUCUCUUGUCCUUCCUAUCCUAUUGUCUUCUUCCACUUCGACUGAGCAGCAGCAGGAGGAGGAGGAACUGGGACCCAAAGUGAAAUCACUGAAUGGGAGAUAAGAAGGGAGAACUGUGUUCCUUUUGGGUGGCCACUAAAGCCUGGCUGGAGAGAAGUGAAACUUUGGCCAAAGUGGAGGAGGUUUCAGCGGCAGUGGCUGCAACGUUUCCUGGGAUUAAUUGCUUUUUUUUUUUUUUUUUUUGCUGUUUUGCUCCGACCAGACAGCAGGUGGGAGCCAGGGAGGGCUGGGCGUGCCUUCUAGGAGGGCCCUUCCUCCUCCUCCUCCUCCUCCUCCUCUUUAGCACUCCAGUUCCGUUCCCAAACCUGGAGCAGCCUCGCCGCCGGGUCCCCUCUUGAGCCCUGAGCCGCACCUCUCCUCCAGCACCAUGGACAGCGCCCCUCUGCAGGACCUCGACGCCGCCGGCUUCCUCCGCCUCUGGCAGCACUUCGACGCCGACGACAACGGAUACAUAGAAGGCAAAGAGCUUGAUAACUUUUUCCAUCAUCUCCUAAAGACACUGGGCAGUGAGAGCACCAUCACAGAAGAAAGGGUUCGGAAAGUGAAAGAGCAAUUUAUGUCAGCCUACGAUGUAACUGCAGAUGGACGCUUACAAAUACAAGAGCUUGCAAAUAUGAUCCUGCCAGAGGAUGAGAACUUCCUGCUGCUUUUCCGAAGAGAAACACCUCUGGACAACAGUGUGGAGUUCAUGCGGAUCUGGCGACAAUAUGAUGCGGAUUGCAGUGGUUUUAUUUCUGCUGGUGAGCUCAGAAACUUUCUCCAAGAUCUCUUCCGGCAACAUCAGAAAACUAUUUCUAAGGCAAAGCUGCAGGAAUAUACUGAUACUAUGAUGAACCUCUUUGACAAAAACAAGGAUGGACGACUGGAUUUGAAUGACCUGGCAAGGAUCUUGGAUCUUCAGGAAAAUUUUCUCUUUCAGUUUAAACUAGAUGCUUGUAGUGCAGAAGAAAGGAAGAGAGAUUUUGAGAAAAUCUUUGCACACUACGAUGUUAGUAAGACGGGUGCACUGGAAGGCCCAGAGGUGGAUGGAUUUGUAAAAGACAUGAUGGAACUUGUCAAGCCCAGCAUUAUCGGCCCUGACUUGGACAAGUUCCGGCAGAUCCUGCUUCGCCAUUGUGAUGUGAAUAAGGAUGGGAAAAUUCAAAAAUCUGAGCUUGCCUUGUGUCUGGGAAUUAAACCUUCCCCAUAGACCUGAAUAUACUUCUUCUGUGGUUUGCCAAUUAUUGUCUUUUGUGGAAGCCUGCUGGUAACUGGUAGAAUAUUAUCAGUGCUGUGUUAAUGAUCUCUGUUGUGCUGAACAUAGAAGACAGGGGGGACUCACUGUGGAUAUGAAUAUUCAUGUGCAGGAUGCAGCUAAAUUUAAAAAGUAAAAAAACAAGAUGUGAAGAGCAGUAUCACGCUCCCUGCUGCUUCAGGGGAGAUGUUGUCUGCAAGAUUUCUUACUCAUUGUAAAAGCAUGUAUCUACAAAUUUAGUCUUUUAUAAACACAUGUGGCUAUUGUAUCAGGAGUGCUGUUUCAGGAUAUAAUACGACCUCCAUAUCCACAUGGCAUAUAUUUCUGGGCUUUGUGUGAAUACAUGAAACUGCAGAAAAUAGUGAACACAUUUAUUUUCAAUGGGAAAAGUGAUUGAGAUAUUGAGAAAAUGAUACAGUGAGUAAGUGAAACUAUGGAUUAAUGAAAGCACAUUGGCUCUGUGGAUAGAAAGGCUUUAAAUGUGACAGCAUUCCAUUCCUUAGUCCACAUCUGUCAUGAAUACUUUUUAAAGGAAGAUUCUUUUUAUUGCAAUUUUCGGUAUGAGAGGAUAUAUCAGAACUUUUACACUUUUACACAAACAUUGGAAUACAGACAUACAGAUUCUUUAUAACUACAGUAGAGUCUCACUUAUCCAACAUAAACAGGCCGGCAGAACGUUGGAUAAGCAAAUAUGUUGGAUAAUAAGGAGGGAUUAAGGAAAAGCCUAUUAAACAUCAAAUUAGGUUAUGAUUUUACAAAUUAAGCACCAAAACAUGUUAUAAAACAAAUUUGACAGAAAAGUAAGUUCAAUACGAAAUAAUGCUGUAUAGUAAUUACUGUAUUUACGAAUUUAGCACCAAAAUAUCAUGAUUUAUUGAAAACAUUGACUACAAAAGUGCAUUGGACAAUCCAGAACGUUGGAUAAGCGAGUGUUGGAUAAGUGAGACUCUACUGUACAUGCAUUCAUAUUAAAGGCCUCUGUAUGUGCUUUCAUUUAUCCAUAGUUUCAAACAACCUACAGUUACAUUGGCUAACAAAGGGGAAUUCCAUUUUUACUCUGCAUUCACAUUACCCAUACACAUUCAUUCAUCCUGAUUCAUACAUCACAAUUUCUCCCACUGUCUCCUGGAAAAGAACAUCUCUUAGGCCAGGCUGCUUCCUUACAAAUCUGCUACUUCACAAUUCCAAAACUUCUAAAAUGCCAAAAUGCAUCCUCUUUCCCUAAGAGCAAUGCCAAGGAUCAGAAACUGACUCCCUAUAGCAGAACUGACUCCGUGAAUAUAUUCAUGAUUUGAAAAUCACACUCCUUUCUCUUUCCUUGAGAAAAGGAGCCAAGUCUCCAGAAUCCUGCUUUCCCAUAGCAGAUCUAACCCUAACCCAAAUACACAAUCUCUCUCCUUCCCAAGGAGCAGAGCAUGGCGGGUGAACAGCAUCACUAUCUCUCACACUUUUGGAAUAUUAGAAGGUCUCUUAUAUAGAAAUAUUUUUUGCUGAUGUUGUUCCAAAGUUGUAAAUAAAUGAUAGAUUUUUUUUCAGCCUGAAACAUCCUGGUUUAAUCUCAGUUCCUGGACAGAAGUUGAAUCUUCAGAUAAUUAACCAUUGUGUUCUGGGUUUGACUUGAAAGAGCAUUGUCUUUGACUAAUGCAAACAGAGAUAAUUUCCUUUAGAGUUAAUCCAGUUUCCGGUCAGCAGAUGCUGACAGAUGUAAACAUUUUUCUUAUCACUAUCACGGUUCGUAUCACAGUAGACAGGUCAACCAUUUCAGUUCUCAUUAGCAGGUUUAAAUUACAAUUCACCAAGCAGGUAGUUAAUGGUUUAGUCAUUCAAGGCCUUAGUCUUCAGAAUGGUGUCUCCAAAACUAUUAACUCUCAUUCAUUCAUUCCUUUCAUUCAGUUCAUUCAUAUCCACACAUAAUAAAUCCACAUUUAUCAAAUCUAUACAUCAUUUUUAUCCAUGACACAUCCCUCAAGCAAUACCACUUUGUUUCUUUUAAAUAUUCCAUGUUAGUAACAUUGGUGUGACAUAAGGAAUUUACUACAUUAUUUUUCUCUUUUACAAAAGCAUAGCUCGGGGAAGCUCAUUUUGAAAAAAACAAAAAGAGAAGAGAGGCUCUGUCUCCAUUACUGACAAUUUGACACUCCUCUACACCCAAAAACAGUGGCUGUGCUAUAUUGGACUGAUUUGGACAUAAAUCUUAUUGUUAGUCUCAACAUGAGCAGAUCUAGCAAAUCAGCAGAAUUUAUCUAUGUGUUGAUGCACUGUUUACUAACCGAUUCAAUAGGUUUGCUCUAGCUAGGAGUGAUCACCAGGGUCCCAUUACAAUCCAGUUGCUUUCCUUCUGAUGCAACCAUCUGUCUUCUAUGGUGUCCACCUGUCGAUUGGCAAGGCUUCCACUCUAUUUUUUCAAGCUUUUUCAACUCUAAAUGUCUCAAUACGAGAUUCUAUCAAUUCUUAAUGUAUCUUCCUUUUGUUUAUCAUGUGAUUUUCAGAAUAUCAAUGCCUUUUUCUCGGUGGUUUUUGCAAUCUUAAUUUCUAUUUUGUAUGCAAUGUAAAUCCAAUAUUAUAUGCAUAAUCCAUAAAAAGUCGUUGCAGCUAU